GCGGUUCUUCCUGACGACGAGACCCCAACGAUGGCGACGACGGCGACGACGAGGAGGGCCAAGCUCCUCGAUGACGACCCCUCGCGCUGGGACGAGGGCACCAACCAGCGUGCGAAGAGCCGCAUCGCCUUUCUCCACCCUGACCUGGGCAUCGGUGCGUCCUGUCUCUGAGUCUUUCUGGUUCCACUUCACUUGCAAGCACAGAACUGAUGGCGCUCGACGUGGCUUCACUAGGCGGCGCCGAGCGGCUCGUCGUCGAUGCCGCACUGGGGCUGCAGGCGCUCGGCCACGAAGUCGAGGUGCUCACGUCGUACCACGACCCAAACCACUGCUUUGAGGCGACGCGCGAUGGCACACUCAAGGUGCGCCACGUCAGAACGUCGAUCCCGCGGUCCCUGUACGGUUUUCUGCACCUGCCCAUGGCCAUCUUUCGCCAGCUCUCGCUCCUCUUCCAGCUCGUCGUCGCCCUCUACUUUGGCCAUGUCCUGCCGUCGUCUAUGUAUGCUGCGCUCACGACGCUGCCGUACGACCUGGAGCCGUUCGACGUCUUCAUCGUCGACCAGCUGAGUGUGUGCGUGCCGCUGCUUCGGCUGCUGCUCAAGACCCGCGUCGUCUUCUACUGCCAUUUCCCGGACAAGGACGUGGGCGAGAGCCUGGCGCUGCAGCGCGCCCAGCAGCGAGGCCGCAGCCGGCCCUCGCUCCUCCGCGCCGUGUACCGCCUGCCGCUGGACAUGCUCGAGGAGGGCACGAUUGGCGCUGCCGACAAGGUUCUCGUCAACUCGCAGUUCACCUCGGACCAGUUUGUCCGCUCCUUUUUCCGUCUCAACCGGAUCCCCCGCAUCGUCUACCCGGGCAUCGAUCUGGCCCAGUCGAGUGCCGAGGAGGUGGCGCGCGCCAAUGCGCAGCUCGAGCGCGAGGAGCGCGACGCGGAAGAUGACGGCGACCACGGCGUCAAGGAGGCCAUCCGUGCCCUCGUCGAUGACGCCGACCGGCCGACGCUGCUGUCGAUCAACCGCUUCGAGGCAAAGAAGAACAUCGCCCUGGCCCUCGAUGCCUUUGCGCUCGUCCGCCGCGAGCGUGCCGCAUCGUCCAGCAGCAGCAAGGCACCCCUCCGCCUCGUCAUUGCUGGCGGCUACGACCGGCGCGUGGGCGACAACGUUGCGACGCUGGCCGCGCUCGAGAAGCAGUGCGCCGACGCCGGCCUAUCCAGCCAGACACUCUUCUACAAGCGGCCCACGUACGAGCCGCCACGGUCAGGGCCGAAUGCAGAGGAGAUGCGCCGUGCCACUGUCGUCUUUCUACCCUCGCUUCCUGGCCCGCUGCUGAGCCGGCUGCUGCGCAACCCGGCCACGCUCGUGCUCCUCUACACGCCGACAAACGAGCACUUUGGGAUCGUGCCCCUCGAGGCCAUGGCUGUCGGCAAGGCCGUCGUCGCCGUCGAUGCCGGUGGGCCCCUCGAGACCGUCGUCGACCUCGGCCUGCGCCGGUCAGCCCAGUCUACCGUCGUCGAAGUCGACAACCCCGACGAGGGCACGGGCCUCCUGCGCCGCGCCGACGCACGCGUCUGGGCCGGCGCCACCCUCUCGCUGCUCGAGCUCCUCGAGGACAAGCCCGGCUUCCGCGAGCAGCUGGCGCGCACAGCGAGGAAGCGCGUCACGGACGUCUUCAGCGUCGAGGCGAUGAGCCGCAAAUUCGAUGACGUCGUCGCCGAUGUCGUCGCCAUGGGGCCCGUGCGGCCCGAGGAGGGGGCUCUCCAGUUCGGCAUCGCCUUUGGUAUGUUCAUCCUCAUGAUGACGGCCUUCAUCGUCGUCAUGAUCUACGCCGACCGCAAGGAGGCAAGCGCAGCGGCAGAGGCGCGGCGCACCAUUGCCUCGCUCCAGUCCCAGCUCCAGGAGGAGCGCCAUCUCUGAUUGUCAUUUGUGUACUUUCUCAUUAUAAUUUUUUCAAUUCGCAAAUCCAGCUACAAGAGAGAAGAGCCUU